AUGUGGUUUGUGUUUCACCAUCUUUGCAUGGAGUAUGUAUCCGACGAAGAUGACGAAGAGGAGGAGGCCUUUAGCUCUGACAUCGACGAUGAGGACUCUGAAGAGGAAGCUUACCUAGGUGAAGAUCGAGAAGCAACAGUUCUCCAGAAUCAUCUGGAAUACGGUAUGAACAUCAACAUUGCCGAAUACAAAGACGGGGUCCGUACCACCCUAAAUGGAACGGGUCGUGUUUACUCCAGCCAUCUCAAAGAGCACAUCGCUGCUGGUCGUUCUGUACAAUUUGUGAACCCCGCUACUUUCGAUGACCGUGUA